CAAACGCUAUCUAAGACUAAGGCGUAUGUCAACCAUAGCGUAAAGGCAAAAAAUGUUAUCCUCUACUGCUAUUGAAACUCAUAUUUCUUGUGGUGUUUGUCGCAAACAAUCUGAAUUACAAAGGUGAUUUACUAUUUGCCUAGAGAUGUUUGUUUCCCUUUUUAUUCCAAUUUUGAAAGAAUUUUUCAUACAUGAAGAUCAAACUUGGAAGAUCAAAGACAAAACCAAAGAUGAAAGAAAAUUAUUAGUUAUGUAAAAUUCCAUCUAAUUCCAAAACAUAUUAAAUUGUUGUCACAUGGUUCUAUAUCUUCUUCUUUUUUUUUUCAUCUUUCUCUUGGUUAAGUGUCAGCAUUCUACUAUCUAUUAGUACAAUAUUGUACACUUCGAAAUGUACAAACGUUAUUUAAGACUAAGGCGUAUGUCAACCAUAGCAGAAAGGCAAAAAAUGAUAUUCUCUACUAUUGAAACCCAUAUUUCUCGCGGUGUUUGUCGCACUGAAUUACAACGGUGAUUUGCAGAGGCAAUGCUUGUUUUGGAGUUAAAUCUAAUGCUAAGCCCAUGAUGCUAUAUACUAAAACGGUCAACAUGAGUUCAAUGUAAGUUUAUAAAUGGAUGGUCAACAUGAGUCCAAAGGUAGAAAAAAAGUAGCUUAUAUAUAUAUAAUAUAUAUGUUCUUGGAUUAUCUCAAAUAUCUUUUUUUUCUAAAAAGGAAAGACUCGUAAAAAAGGAAAAGGUGAUUUUCUUAAAUCGUAUCAGAUAUUACCGUUGCUAAAAAAAUAUUAGAUAUUAACGAUCAAAACGAGUAUAAAUAUACAUCCAAAGAGCACUCGUACUAUCUCAUACAACAAAAAAAUAAAAUAAAAUCCCACACUGAUUGUAGAGUUCUAAGAAGAAGCUGGAGUGUUACGCAAGAAAAAUAAUGUCGAGCCUCCCGUCGAAGAAAAUUCUGGACGAUCUCUACACUCGAUUUGUUGUGAACGGCCCCGAGGAAGAAAAACAGUCUUUGAAUCGACUCAUGUUUCUUGUAGAGAGUGCUCACUGGUACUACGAAGAUAACGUUGUCGAAAACGACAAAACCCUAAAGUCGCUGUCCUUUGGAGAGUUUACUCGUCUCUUAUUCAACAACUCCGAUGCGUUGAGACCUCACGUUGGAUACAUGGAUAUGAUAUUUAGAGACUUUUUCUCUUACAAGUCUCGAAUCCCGGUCACUGGUGCGAUUAUAUUGGACGAGACAUACGAACGUUGCUUGCUGGUCAAGGGAUGGAAACAAUCAUCGAAUUGGAGCUUUCCACGAGGGAAGAAGAAUACGAACGAAGAAGAUGAUGUUUGCGCUAUACGAGAGGUCCUCGAGGAGACAGGGUGUGAUGUAUCGAAGCUGCUUAAUAAAGAAGAAUACAUCGAGAUUACAUUCGAAGGAAAGAAGAGAGUGAGGCUUUACAUUGUCGUUGGCGUGAGAGAUGAUACAGCUUUUGCGCCACUAACGAAGAAGGAGAUCAGUCAAAUCUCAUGGUUUCGGCUUGAUGGGCUUGAAAGUGGAUUCGCUGGUCUCAAGUUGUUUGAGGUUGCACCUUUUCUAGCAUCCUUGAAGUCGUGGAUAUCAAAGCAUCUGUCUCCUCUGAGCAUUGACAAGCCCCUUAAACCACCACUCUGCGUGUGGACUGCAACAAAGAAGACAACGACAACAAUAACAAUAACAACAACGGAAAGAAGAUACAAUGUAAAACCUUGGAGACAGUCUCUAAAGGUCAACAAGUCUGCAAUUUUGCCGGCCUUGGGAAUUUGUUCUUGAGUAGAGUCAGUCAUCAUAUGGUCAAAUAUUGGGAGCUAUAUGGUGUGGUCGGAUUGUAGAGCAAAAUAGUACAUGAGAUAUACUUUGCUAUUUAGUUUGUUGUACAUGAUUAUAUUGUAUAUCCAGUAGUUAAUGAAACCAAGCUUUAUUCUUUAUUUUUAAAGACGUUUUUCUUCUUAAUUUCAGACCAAGUAACAGAAAUAUACAUACAAACUAUAACAUAGAUGCUUCUAUGGAGAAUUAAACUUAGUUAUGUACAAUCAAAGACCUCUUAUCCGCAUUGCGUGGAGAAAAGCUAGCUUAAGCAGACAAUCAAUGACCUAAUGCAGCAAUUACAAAUGGAUCUGGUCUUAAGCAGAAGUAAUAGCACUUGCUUCAGUGAUAUCUUCAGCUUCAGUUCAAAGAGAAACAAACUUACUGUGUCUAUUACAAGUUUGUUGGUGCUACCUUUUAGUGUCUAACUUUGUCUCCCAUUCUGACUUUGUCCAAAACAAUCUGAAUUACAAAGGCGAUUUGCAGAGGCAAUGCUUGUUUUGGAGUUAAAUCCAAUGCCUAACCCCAUGAUGCUAUAUACUAGAACGGUCAAACAUGGGUUCAUUCAAUGUAAGUUGCUAAUGAGUAAUGAGAUAUGUUGGUGAAGGGUUAAUUAGAAACUUAAAAGUAAUUAAAAUUUUUGACCUAUACAGGUUUCGAACCUGUGACCUUCGCGUUAUUAGCACAUUUGUAUAACUUUAUGUUGUGAAAUUAUUUAUUAUCUAUAAAACUGUACCUUCAGGAGUUUAGAGUUUUAUCAGUUUAUGUGAUCGUGAUUAACCAGAGCCCACAUGGUACUGGUACACCUUGUUGUUGUUUCUAUAUGUUUUUGCUUUAUCAAAACUUAUCUUCUAAUCAAGAAUCUAGAUAACAGAACUUUUAGACAUGGUGGAGGUGCGAUGAGAGGUGCAGGAGCUAAUCAAGAAUCUUGAUAACAGGAAUGAUAAACAUAAUUUCACUAACUAAUUAAAUCUAAAUCCCAAGAUCGCUGAUUUUGGUUUGGCUCGAUGUCUACUAGGUAUGGACAAAAUUCAGCUUUGAACCGCAUCGCAGGAAAAGCCUGUAAGCUACUAAAAACACUAUAGAUAGUUUUGACUCAUUACAUCCACCAAAUUUCAUGUGUUAGGCCCGUUAAAAAGGAAAUUUAUACUGAUAUUUUUCACUCUCUGCGAGGUUACAUGGCUGCAGAGUAUAAUUCUCGAGGACAGUUAACAUGAAAGCUGAUGUUUAGAACCACGGAGUUCUUGUCCUCUAGAUAGCGUGCAAGACAAGAAACAGCGUUUGCGUGCCAGAUUCUGGUCAUCUCCUACAGAGAAUAAGAUUCCCCAGAACCUCUUAUCUUGAAAAUUCCACCAUCGUUUCUAGGUCUGGAACCUCUGUAGACUCACUGAACAGAUUGUUAGAAACCCUAGAUCCAUGUCUACAAGACGAGUUGCUACAAUCACAAGGCAACGAAGCAGAGUUUGUAAAGUUCUUCUGUGGGAUUUUUAUGCGCACAAGCUUCUCCAUCGCUCAGGCAACCGACAGAAGAAC